AGAGGCUCGAUGGCGUCGCAGGCUACGCGGGGGCCGCUGGUGCUCCGGCGGCCACCCUCUGCCACGUCGGGAUCGCCCGCAUACAGCUAAGUGUCCUCUCUUCACGUGCGGACGCUUAUCAGUUGUAGAGGUACGGUUAUCGGAACCGGUUGAAGCGAUUCUCAGCGCUCCUGAUUUGAUUGCACUACUGGCAUGUGUUGCGAGAUUAGCUGGGUCCUCGAAGGACGACGUGGGGCUCUCAACGAGCAAACACGAUCUUAUUAUCGGGAUGACUGCUGAUAUUAUCGCUUAUGACUUACCUUGAACGAAUAACCCUCUCCUAGUUAAUGAGUGGUAAAGUAUUUAGGCCACCUUGAUUUAGGUCCACUCCUGAAACCGUUGGUUUCUUUGCUCUCCAUACGUAAAAAUUUGAUCUUGCCACAGACAAAUCCAUCACGUGAUAUGUUUUUGUUGUUCCAUCAUAUUGUUUCACGCUCCUAAUUGAUCGUGAGACAUUUCCAUUGUUUCGUGCUUUCUCUUUCUUGCUUGCAUUACAUUGCUACGGAUAUUGGUGACAUGUAAAAACGGUGACUCGUUGUUAAAAACUGAAAAUCGAAUAGGAUCGGUGCGCAAUUUUGAAUUUACUUCUGACAUUCGUUCGUUCGGCCUUAGUCCAUUUCUUUAAUAGUCCUCUCCCCCGAUACUCUUGCCGCGAUUGGAUGGUGACAACGAAGCAAUUCCGCGCGAUGACAUUGGCUCCCAAUCUGCCUUCACCUCCGCCACAUCGUCAAAUGGCGACGCUCCGUUUUCAAUCGACGGCAACGCCCAGCGCUCGCAUCCGACCGCGCGCUCGCAUCCGACCGGACCACAGUGCUCCGCCGGACGCUGCGCCCAAGGUCAGGCGCCGAGCCGGCGCCCCGCUGCAGACCCCCGUGUGAAGCAGCCAGCACCCCGGCCCCGUCAUGCGGUCUGCCCGCUCCCCACGCUCUCCCACUCAAUGUCCAUUGAAAAGAAUGGUCGAUGCAAUAUUUUGUAAGUGGUUGAGGCGGAACAUGAACGUUGGAUAGUCUAGUGGACAGGGCUGAGCGUUACCAGCAUCUGUUCUAGGCUGACGUAAGCACGCCCUGCGUCGAGUUGCAUACGCCAGCGGGUGACCCCUGCACCCAGGCGUUCUGGCUCGGGUCUGUUCCACCCAUCUGAUGCACGGUCACGUGGCUACGCUGGUAGCGCUGCUGGGCGGAACAAUGAUAGGCCGCCAUUAAAGAAUAUAAUAAAUAAACAUAGCCGUAGCGCCACAGCAAGAAGUUUCUAGCGAGGCAAUGGCCAGAAAACGGACAAUAGAGAGUGCCGUUGAGUCAACAGAUAGCGGCGAGCCGCGACAGCCUCGGCCCCUCCGUACCGCGCCCACCGAGCCGGUUUUUACCGGCACCGGCUGUUUAUCAGCCGGAGCUCGCUGCAUGUGGGUCGGCGCGGAGGCUCCCAAACCGUCGCGGUCGGGGCCGGCCGCCGCUCGGCCGCCCCGACGCCUGGUGGCGCCGCCGCCAUCUCACCGGGCCAGAACAGGGGUCAGACGGGCAGACGGGCCGCGCUUUACCCCAGAUAUCGUUGUUUGCGGAGCAAUGUGUACACUUGGAACAUCGGUUACGUCACACGGCCAGGAACGAUAACCGCACUGCAGGCAACAGUGAUGUCCAGCUUUUCAUAUCUAGAGGCGUUGAUCCUCAUCGCCGAUGUGUUCCGCCGUGCCUUCUGUGCUUCGACGCGGAUGAGCUCAUGGUGCUGUCCGGUGGACGGCCCACUCGUACCCAGCGGUGGAUGGUCCACCCUCCCGACUGGCGCAGCUCGCGCCAUCUGAGGCCGAUGAGCAGGCGGCGUCGUGCGCGUUACAUCAGAUACUCCUUGAUCAGCUCCUUCGCUGUGUGUUCAAGACAGAGCGGCCAGCCUUCGCUGAGGGACCGUGCUGGAACUUCUUCUUACAGACGGGGCCUGUGUCUUGGACGCGCGCCGCUGUCGGACGCGUCUAGUGACCUACGUGCUCGGAUGCUGCCAAGAUUUUUAGAGGCAGUGUCAUUACUUUGUCUUUAUGUUGAGUUUGAGCUGGGCUGAAUUUUCGUUGCAGCUAAAAUCGCAGAUAUUGUGAUGCAAGCAGACCUUUAGGAGAAUUGCCCGGAUAGUAGCAAAACUCAGAGUAAACCAGAAAUAGCCAUGCUACAUUAACAUAUGAUUUCGAGCACUCGUCAUGAUAAUCCAAGGGCGUCACAUCAAAUCCAUCGCGAUCCCUCACAGAUUGCAACUGUCGGUCGUGGCAGAGCCAGAUGUAACUCGCCUGUUUACUCGUCCUACGUCUUCUCCCUGAGAAACACAGUUUUCACCGCAGGCGGUGGCUAUCAGUGUGACUCAGGUGCCGAACACGGGUUCAGAAUGACGGACGAAACCUGAGAUCAUGACUGGCAGUGGGCGUGCGACAUGAAGUGCGGCAUUGGCUUACCGAGCCUUUGCAGGCCCGUAAGGCCUGUGGCACGUCUGCCACUACCGGAUAACACUUCCAGAGCAGCGCCAUCCGGCUGCAGCAUACACAGAUGUGGCCUAUCACCAUAGCGCGUGUUCGAGCACGCGGGGCGGGCGACGCUGAUCUUCGUAGUGGGCACAGGGCGUGUACCUGCUACAGCGGCGAGCGGUUCUCAAAUGGUGCCGACAGCUCUCGAGCGCAGUGAGGGUGCAAUGCUGGUGUGAUCUGCCGUCGCUGACACUUCCUGAGCUUGUGUAGGUAAACGUACGUUGCAUGGACGUGCGCACCAAGCUGUUGGCGAACGCCGGUCGGUGGCAGCGGAGCACUCGCCAGGCCAAAAUACUAAUAAAGCUUAGAACGGCAUGACAUAUGCUACGUAAAACACGCAUACAAGUGCGAGCUCCAGUUUCAAAACGCAUUAGAUGACGCAUGGAUAGUCACAAUCCUACACAGAGGACGCUUGACGCUUCGAGAGGCGGAAUAAAACGUAGCUUACGUGGGAUAACAGGUUCAUAAACACUCUUAUGGUUAGAAGUAGGAAUAACGACACAUGCUUGCGCCCGACAUACAUGGCGUGUGCGAAGUAUUUUAAGCACACGGUUGACCGCGUUACUACUAUAAGCUUGCAAUUACAGUCAUGCCGUCUCUACCUAACUGACAAUGGCGCGGCAAGGAUGGACUCAAGGCUUUUCUGCCGCAAUGAACAAGUAUAACACCCACUCGUCGAAAUACCAGGAUAUCCAGCCUCUCUCACCACCUCACCUGACCUUACCUCAUCACCACACUUGGCCUCGCCUCAUCAUCUCACCUGACCUCACCUCAUCACGCUUGACCUCAUCUCACCACAUCCGCUGACCUCCGCCAUCACAAUCGCAGACAGGGCAGCCGGCGGCCGGCAACAACAUGCCGCGGCUGCAUAUGUCCGGACCAGGCAAGGGAUGACAGCAUGCCCAAACACAAGCUGAACUGCCGAUAGGAAAGAGGCGACAUGGCGGAGAGGUGCACACUCCUAUCUAAAACACCAGACCCGUUACACGCUUGUGGUCCGCCCAGCCACGGUUACAUGCGGUGUCAACCACAUUCCCGAAACGUCAUCCAUAUUGCAGAGUUUGCAGGGUUUGUAGCGUUUGAUGUCUUGCUUGGCGUCCCGAUGCAUUGCUUUUCGGUCGUCUCGUGAUUGCAGCAUUGUAUUUUCCCACCGGAUGCGCGGUCGUGCUUAUUUCGUGGUGCGAGAUUUUCAGAUUGCUUAUUCGUGUUGCCAGCUUGCCCAUAUCGUUUUUUCCCUGUGUGGUUAUCUUUCUGGAUGCAAUCGCAUUUUUCCAACGGCUGCGAGCGAUGCUUGCGUUCUGGCACAGCUAUGGAAGUCUUUCAGUACCAGACCAUUUUCUUCGUGCCAACCAGAGGGCGGGCUCUUGCUGAGCUGAUUUCUCCACCGUUCAUGCGUGAGCCGUAUCACUAUUACGGCUAAAUGUCGUCAUCCCUCGCCGCUUGCUGGCUGGCCGCUACUCGUCAAGAAAACGAAACCCAUCUUCUUCAUUUUAAUCACAAGCUGUUUUCUACGCCAACGUGGAGAGAAUGCGCGCACUUCACUUCACCCAGCUGUCCUUUGCCAUUUUCAGCAGUCACUUCAAACGUCGUUACGUUGGGCCAGCCGGUGCACGCCUCGUGUCAUUCGUGGAUGGUACCCGACGGACUGCGCCUUGCUGACGGGCCAAACUGUCUCUUGCCGCGGAGACGGGGCAUGCCGCGUGGCUGACUGAGCCGAUCAGGCCACCGUGGUGGCGGUAGGUCGGUGUGACCUGGUAACAUCGUGACCUGUGCCCUUGAUGUUGCCAAUAUUAGUGGUGGGUCGGCUGAGCCAGCUCAGUAGUGAUGCAGUCUUCGGGGAAUUAUGGCAGCGUCUAGUCGCGCUGUCCUGCGUUGUUGGGGUCACGGCCUUGAUUGGUGUGCGACGCUUGAUGCCCAAAAAUGGGAGUCGAUCUGCUGCUUUUCUGUGGUCGCUGCGCACUGGUUGGUGGCGUUUAGUUGAUUGGCAUGGGGGAGGGGCACACGGGUGCACACACGCACACACACGCACGUGUCUUUAUGAUAAUAGAUGCUACGAUCAUGCACACAUGAUCAUAAACGCAUACAGGCGACAUGCUUGUGUGUGACGCUUCACCUUCGUCACCAGCGUUCUUCUUCCCCACUACUGCCCAUGAAAAAUGUGCGUGAAAGGGUUGUCUAUAUUCGGCCACAAGAUACUCCGACUCGCCCGCGUUGUGAUGCUAUGCAGGGUCACGACCCUGGUCGUGGUCGGACCUCGCAGCCACAGCCGCAGCCAGCCACAUUCCUGGCAAAGGCAGGCUACAGCCGCGGCAGUCGCAGCAGGCCGUGCACGAGAUUAUGGCUGUGAUCACUCAUGGUUCAACGUCUAACGUCGUGUUGUCCAAAUCUGCCGAUAGUGGUGACGAGGGCGUCGUUUGAUACCGCGUACUCGCAUCGGAAGUGCACCACUUCCGCUCUCGGCCACCAGCGCGCAAGCAGCAUGAGUCAAAACACCCGCACAGCAGCGGCCAACCACCUGCCGACUGAACGGCGGGGGUCAGUGACGGCCGCAUCACGACGGACAGACAUCUUCGGUUGGAGGGGCUCGCUCUGACCUCCGUGCGGGACGUCACAUGUGUGAUACUCGUGGCGCACGUUAAACGGCAUUUUGAGAUCUGUUUGGCAUUGUCUGUGAGUUUCUCAUCGUCCUCUUGAUAUGCCAUGUCUCACUGCUUUUACAUAUUUUCGGAGCUCCAUGGCACGGCUGUACAGUUCGAUACAAUUUGCCCGCCUCAACUUUCAAUAUUUCCUCAGUACCGCACGCAACAGGAAAUGUUCAUCACCAUGCCUCCUUGCACGUUGCACACAGGGAACUGGCCACCAUGGCAAUUAUUCAGACCACGGUCACAACGCAUAGGUGUGUCAUCUUCAUUGUGUCAUUCACGUUUGCCCCGGUGGGUGACUGGCGACUGCGUUGCGCACGAUAGCUCUCUGUGUCGGGGUCUCACGAUGACCAGCGCCCUAGUGGCAGCAGACCCACCGCUUCACACAUGUUCGACCGCCCAAGGACUGCCCACGGAGUGUGACGGGUCCAUGUGGCCAAUCGAAGAACGCCGCCCGGCGCCGCGCCGCUGGCGUCGUUGUGUUGUCUGCUAAUGUGUGAUGCAGACAUCUGAGACAGACAUCAGCCGCUCGGCAGACAUCAUCCAGCGCGAGUAACCCCGAGUCACCUGGGGUAACUGAUGAGGGCGGGCUUCGAUCAGCUUCCGCACUGACUCACGCCAUGACGUGAUACAGCUCGCAGGCGAGCGCCGAGACACGCGCGCCACCUGAUAGCGCUAUCGUGGCGACCUUAUCGCCGUAAAACGGAGACGGCUGAGCAGCGUCUUGCAGACGCACCAUGGCGCGCUCGCAGGAAAGUGCUGCCGCUCUGGCGCUCAUGCUCACGUCGGUGCUGGUGAUGUGCCCGACCGAGGCCUUCAACGUGGACGUGGUGCACCCGGUGAUCUUCCGGGGGCCGGUGACGGAUCCGGCCGGCCUCCGGUCGCGUGCCGACACCUACUUCGGCUUUGCGGUGGGUCUGGCCGGCGGCAGCGGCGCCGCCGGUCCGGAGCUGGUGGUCGGAGCGCCGCGAGCCAACUCCACGUUGGGAAGGAACCCGCUGGACCGCGUGCUGGAGCCGGGCGCGCUGUUCAAGUGUCCGCUGCGCCGCGGCGCUCGCUGCCAGGAGGUGCUCGUCGACCCUACCGGCAACCAGCCAGGACCCGGGUUCCGUUACACCGACCUGAAAAACCAGAGCUGGCUGGGCGGCGCGCUGGAUGUGGAGGCCGGCAGUGGCGGCCGACUCGCCGUCUGCUCGCACCGCUGGCGCAACAUCAAGUACUCGUCCCACUACUUCGGAAACGGCGCCUGCUACCAGGCGGACGGGCGGGCCAGCCAGGUGCCGUUCCACAAGUUCGUGCCGCUGUUCGACUCCACCAAGCAGAACAUCCGACUGCCGGAGACGGGCGCGAACAAGCGCUACUACUACUACGCCUACGGCCAAGCGGGGACGUCCGUGCACUUUCCGGCGAACGGGCAUGAGCUGGUGAUGGGCGCGCCGGGCGUCCUGGACUGGACCGGUACGCUGGUCCGAUACAGCGACUUUGACCGCUCCGGCUCGGGCGGCAACAGUCGGCGGCGGCGCCAGCUCCAGCCGCUCGGCAACCUGCUCGUGCCGAACCCCGCGCCGACCCCCCAGCUCCGGCCCUACGACUACCUGGGGUACUCGGUCGGCUCCGGCAGGUUCUUCAGCAGCUCUGAUGGCACGCUGUACCUGUCCGGCGCGCCGCGCGCCGCCGGCGGCAAAGGUAAAGUGUUCCUGAUCGACUUCCCGGCCAACGAGUACGAGUCGUACGAGGUGCUUGGCGAGUGGGUUGGGUCCAGUCUCGGCGAGUAUUUCGGCGCGGCCGUGCUCGCCGCGGACCUGAACGGCGACGGCCUCAGCGACGUGGUAGUGGGCGCGCCCAUGUUCGGCAGCGGCAGCGCGCCCGAGCAGGGUCGCGUCCACGUGUUCCUGAACCUAGACGACGGCCUCUUCCGGCCCGUCUCGCGGCCGCUCGUCGGCGCCGGCGCGGCGCGCGCCCGCUUCGGCACGGCGCUGGCGCCGCUCGGCGACCUCGACCGUGACGGCUUCGCCGACCUGGCCGUGGGCGCGCCGUACGAGGACGACGGCCGCGGCGCCGUGUACGUCUUCCGCGGCGGGCCGGGCGACUUCGGCACCACGCCGUCGCAGAGGAUCGCCGCCCGGGACCUGAGCGGGGCGCUGCGCGGCUUCGGCGUCAGCGUCUCGCGCGGCGUGGACGUCGACGGGAACGGCUACCCGGACCUGGCGGUGGGCUCCCACGCCAGCGGCGACGCCGUGCUGCUGCGCAGCCGGCCCGUCGUCGAGUUCGUGGCGUCGCUCACGGCCGAGCCCAACAAGCUGGAGACGUCCACCACUGAGUUUGGCGUGCAUGCCUGCCUGUCGUACCGCGGCGAGUCCGUCCCACCGAAGCUGGACGUCACCGUCACGCUGAAGGUCGAGUCGUUUCAUGCGCAGAGUGCAAUUCUGGUGGAUGACCAAUAUCAGACCUCGGUGACCUUUCCCUGGGAGAUCAGGAAGGAGAAGAACAUGUGCCGGUCCUUUGCUGUCGGCAUUCGGUCUCAAGGUUUGAUUGAUUAUACUAAGCCCGUCCAGAUGAGCAUGAGGUAUGCCUUGCUGUCUGCAGAUGACAAGAAACCUGGAGAAGACGCAACAUUCGUUGAUACCGAUACAAGUGCGCGGGCUGGAAGAAGAAAGCGCCAGGUGGUUUUCCCAUCGAACCUAAAGCAGAUUGACGAUUUCUGCACUUCGUGCCCGGUGCCGAACCUCAACAUGGCCAACCAGCGCCGGCUAAUGCUGAGUGUCCCCUUCUCGGUCGGCUGCGGCGAGGACGCUGUCUGCGACACCGACCUCAAGCUAUCCUACAAGUUUGACGGCCUCUCCGACCGCAAGUACGUGAUCGGGUCCACCCCGACGCUGACGCUGGAGCUUCAGCUGGAGAACGGCGCCGAGCCAGCGUCGCUGCCGACCCUGGCCGUGGACAUUCCGAGCCCGCUGAGCCUCGUCCGCGUGCCGCCCUCCUGCCAGGAGCGCAAUCCGGGACAACACGACCGAGUCAGUUCUCUCCUGCAGCGUCCGCCGCAUCCCUUCUACAGGGACUCCCAUUACAAGCUGAAGCUCUUGCUUGACACGUCCGAACUCACCGCGGACGUCAGGAAGCUUGGUUUCAACGUGUCAGUCGCCUCCACCGGCGUCGAGAUCAACCCGCGAGAUAACGUGGCCAACAUCACGCUUGGUCUCGUCAGUCAGGCCGACAUGGAGAUUCGAGGGUCGUCGGAGCAGGAGCAGGUGUUCUACGACAAGGAAGAGGACAGGGCGCCGGAGGACAGAGGUCAGCCCAACUACGUCGCCGUCCGCCACAUGUACCAGAUCCUGAAAUACCUGCCGACGCCUGUGAAGGCCGUCGCCAUUUCGUUUCUGGUGCCGGUGAACUUCACUAGCGGUGACGAGGAGGUCAACUUCCUGCAGAUGCACCAGCCGGCAGCGCGGGUGGACGGCCAGCCGUUCCGCUGCUCCGUUCAGGACGGCGCGCUGCUCCAGCUUAGCGAGGACGCGUCCAGAGAGCCAGACACAGCGGGCCGCCGGCGUCGUGAGGCGGAGGUCCCGGCCGCCGAGCCGCCCGCCGUCUCCGACGCCCACCUGAUCAACUGCACGCGCGGCUCGCCCGUGCGCUGCGCGCUGCUCACGUGCCAGCCGCUUCCCUUCCUGGCGGCCUCGACGCGUGCGACCGUCACGCUUGACAUGCGGCUCGACGUGCGGGCGCUGCGGCCGCUGCUGGCCGGUGGCGACCGCGCCACACUGGCCACUCAGGGCCUCGUGCAGCUCUCGGAGGGGGCCGGCGUCGCGCCGGAGGUGAACCGGCGCCCGGACUGGGCCAACGUCCAAACGCCGCUGCUGCCGUCGACGCUCGAGCCGGAGCCGAUCGCCGCCUGGAUCAUCGUGGUGUCGGUGCUGGCGGCGCUGGCCCUGCUGGCGCUGCUCUCGUACCUGAUGUACCGCGCUGGUUUCUUCCGCCGCGCGAAGCGUGACCAGCUGCUGGAGGAGCGCGGGGACGCUGAGCGCGACGACAACCUUUCCGGGCUCGCCGAAGCAGCUCCGUUACGGUCCGGUGGCCCACCCGAGGACGAAUCGUGACGGGGACUCGUGCGAGAGCGCAGGACUUGCCCUGUGAACGUGGUGGAGGGAGGCUCCGACGUGCUGCGGGGCGUCCGAUGAGGGCGUGCCGCGAAACGGCUGUGACGGUGGGACGUGUCUUGCGACAACUGGACGCUGGGAGGCGCCGCGGCUGAAUCUAUAAACACACAAUAUUCUGCCGACUAGCGCAUACCUGCGUGAAUACGUGACAUUUUGGCAAUGCAUCAACACUUUCAGAGACAGGCUCAAUCUUUGGCACGGUGCCACACACCGGCAAGUGCAUGCUGGUCGUGGUGUGCAUUGAGUGGUGAUAUCUGGUGUUGAAUACGUGGGUUCGAGAUAUGUGCUGCUGAUCUACCACGGUCAGCAGUUAUGAAGGAUAACCUUUCGCAUCUAGUCUUCUUGCGAUGAACCUGCUGACGGAGCAUGAGGACGGCGUUUUGCGACGCAGUGGCACUCAUUCGCUUUUUGUAGAAUAUUGUAUGAUUACUCUGUGUUACGUGCAGAAACCCCCUAUGCCUUACGUUAUGACGACGGAACAUUUUGGCAAUACAUCAACACAUGUACAGCUUUACUCUUGACAACAAAAGCACAUCACUGACAAUAUGCAGCUCAGUCUCAUGUCGCUUCAUUCGCAGGUCCCAUGUCGGUGCCACUCCUAGCACCGCCCGGAGCCGUGCGCGCGGCCACCGACCUGUGCUCGGAAACAUGACGUCAUUGCCUAGACAGACCAUCGUCACUUCCGUCCUCCGAUGACCAGCACAGAUGGUAGACUCAUUUCGAUAACACUGAACAAACAGUAUGACAACCGGAUACGAUCGUGAACUCCGCAUCCCAGGAACUGCUGUGAGACAGACUGCAUUGGAGUUCGCUCAUACUUGCGCUCCCACAACCAAAGAGUUCGCUCAUACUCCCGCUCCCACAACCAAAGAGUUAGCUCAUACUCCCGCUCCCACAACCAAAGAGUUCGCCCAUACUUGCGCUCCCACAACCAAGGAGUUCGCCCAUACUUCCGCUCCCACAACCAAGGAGUUCGCCCAUACUUCCGCUCCCACAACCAAAGAGCUAGCUCAUACUCCCGCUCCCACAACCAAAGAGUUCGCCCAUACUUGCGCUCCCACAACCAAGGAAUUCGCCCAUACUUCCGCUCCCACAACCAAGGAGUUCGCCCAUACUUCCGCUCCCACAACCAAGGAGUUCGCCCAUACUUCCGCUCCCACAACCAAAGAGUUAGCUCAUACUCCCGCUCCCACAACCAAAGAGUUCGCCCAUACUUGCGCUCCCACAACCAAGGAGUUCGCCCAUACUUCCGCUCCCACAACCAAGGAGUUCGCCCAUACUUCCGCUCCCACAACCAAGGAGUUCGCCCAUACUCCCGCUCCCACAACCAAAGAGUUCGCCCAUACUUCCGCUCCCACAACCAAGGAGUUUGCCCAUACUUCCGCUCCCACAACCCCACAAGCCCAGCCAAUGGGCAACAGGCUCGCAAACAACGUGUCCAAUGCAUACGAGGCUUACUGACAGCUUGAACAUUUGUUUUCCGAUAAUCUCGGAGUCACAGAUUACGCGCGAAACGCUGUCUCACUUUGGCGAAUGGCUGCUUGCUAGUAUGGACGUCUGGUUGUAACUCUGAGAGGCAUUGCUGUUGUGAAGGGCUGCCGUCAUCAAUUCGAAUUCAAAUAAGUACGCAACGCUCUACUCAGGUGGCCGUGCCGGCCCGGCAAGGCCGGCACGGCCAGCUGAGCAAAAUCGCCCAACGCUGCCUGGGCUUCCCGCGUGAAAGGCAAGGAAUCCCGACCAGCGGCUCCCCUUGAAAACAUCCUGUGCGUCCCCUGGGACCACACAGGUUGCGUAGGUAUCGUGCCGGUCUGACUUUGCUGUCCGCCACUUGGUGACAAAGGCAAGAGCCGGGUCGGAGACCGCAGCGUCCUCAACUACUCGUCCUGGCUCUCCAAACGCACUUCGUGCGCCAUGUCCACCUGAGGCAGCGCUGCCGGAUUCCCUACGUACUCAACCAUCGGGACUGUCUGGCGGCGGGAUAGGUUUCCCUUGAUUAUUUUCGCGAUAUCAGCUACCGUCCGUGGAAGAUACGCUUCCGUCGUCAAUUCUCCCGAGUACCCCUUGACCGCCAUCCCGUGCACCUCCACAUUCGGAAGUGCCGAUACCCAUUGUAACACCGCUUCGCGGGUCACAUGGGAACUCGCGUUGUCCAGGAAGAUCACCUGUGACGAGGUCAUAUCCGUCAUCUCUCCUAGAAACACUUAGACUCUCGAGUAUGAGAGUUUUACCGGCUGUCGUCGGGCCGUACAGGAGUAACAUUUAUUCCUUCACAGAAAACAUAUGAUGUACAUUCACAUAAAUCAGCUCAUUAUCUUGGUACCGGUCUACACCUUCAGGCUUAUGCAAACUAUGUAUAGGUAUAUAACCCACUACCCUAUUCGUACCUAAACGCGCAACACAUUCCAAUUUAGUAGUUACAAAACAACGAAUAUACGUCUUUACCUUAGGAUCCAAUUGCUUAACGCGCAAGUACACCGCGCCCACAUACAAAUUACGUUUCGGAGUAGGCGCAGGCAAAUCAUCAACAGGUGCAUCAGGAUUAUAAAAUCUCGAAUAAUAAGGAAAUACAGACUGAUCCUUAAACUGCCAUUGGUACCACCGAUCCUUCAAAGGACCAAUAGAAAAAGACUUAUGAUCUGGUCCCUGUAUCACACCACGCUUAUUAAAACACUGCGUAGUAAGCGCUUCAGUCGCCACUAAUUUCUUCCCCUUCCGAUCCACCAUCUUCUUUGAUAAAUCAGUGGUAGGUAACGCUCCAUCCUUCUCCAAAUACUUAAAUUGAUCUUCUCCUUUAUAGGUACAACCAGGGAUAACGCCGGCUGUAUCGGUAGCCCACUCCAGUUCAGCCUGCGGCGUCUCCAUUCUCUGAGUAGUCGCAGUAGCACCAGUUGUAGAUUUGUAGUAGACCAGUUAUAGCACCAGUUGUCGAAACCACGGCAUUCCGAAAUCGUCAUGGUAGCACUAAUAAACUUCACUCCAAAAUUUACAGUAUACCUAUUAUAAGUAUCCUCUUCAUUCGUAUCCACACCUAAAGAUUCUUCACCAUUCUUAUAACUACCAGCAAGCGUAUAGCGCCGAAUUUCUUGUAUAGGCAAGACAUAGUAUUUUCCAAGAUCCAGCGGUUCCAACAACAAAUCAUUCACAGUUGUCACAGUAAACGUCUGCAUAGGCUCGAGGCCCUGGUGCGUAGACAACACGUCGUAGGCUCCAAUUUGCCCCGUUUCAUGUUCAUUGUCUUCUUGUUCACUCCGCAUCGUCGCCGACCGCUUCGCCCUCGUCUCGGAGGAGCCAGGUCCUAAGGCUGGUCCGGCCUGAAGAAGACGAGAACGAGAAUUAGCAAGAGUUUUCACGAGAGGAGGAGAACCAAGCUUUUUAAGAUUUUUUUACGAGAGGAGGAGGAGCCGACUUACUCUCUUCAGCUUACGAGUACGCACAAACUCGUCCAUGUCCACACACCAACUGACCUGUGAUACGGAUGAUCUCUCCAUUUAUAGCCUCGGCGUACAGCAGAUAAAGUCCCCCCCCCCCCCCCCCAGUCUUCCGGCUGAAUCUUGGAAGGCGGCUCCGGGAUGGCCCACGUAGACCGCCGAGCUCCACAGGAGCGCACCUCCAGUUUGAACUCGAAAGUGCGGGUGCGGGACUGGAUUGCAUCACGGUCUGCGUCAGAGCAGAAACCUGCCAGACGGUUGUUCGUGGACGCAAAAAAAGAACACGUCCCAACACGUCAGGCGUGUUCUAAUACUUGACAGCGACGUGCAUCUGCUCCCGCCGAGAAGUUUCUUAAAGUCAUCCUUGUUCGCGUCCAAAAUGGUGAUUUCUUCCAUGACGGCGAGAUGAGCGUCCAGGAGUUGCGCCAGGUAGAAGGGCGAGUUGGCGUUGAUAGCAGACAGCUUGGUCGGCUCCUUCAGACGCAGAAGGCUUUCCAGGAUCAGCGUCUUGCCAGUGGUCGUCUUGCCGCACAGCAGCAUGGUAUUGACCUUCUGCAGGAGACUGUCGGCGAUAACCUCGACCCAAGCAAGGAAAUGGACAAGGUUGAUUUGGUUUCGCUUGAAAAGCAACUCCAGCCACGCCUGAUUGUCCGAGAGGGGGUGCACAUUCAGGUCCAGAUACUCGUCACAGAAAGCUUCCCAGAAAGGCUGAUUGCGCAGCCUUUCCAUACGUUUGGUGUGGUGGUAGCUCAGAAUAGUCCUGGCACGAUCCUUGAAAGCAUGGGACAGAGCAUACAGCUCCUUAAAUUCCUCUUGGCUGAUAGCCCGAAGAAAUCUACUUAGACUCGUGACCUCAUAACGCUUGAUGAGGCGCUCAAUGAAAUCAACCUCAUUUUCGGGGGCAAUUUGACGUUUCCGACGGUUUCGCUCUCCCUCAGCCGAACGAUGGUCUGCAUCACCCACAUUGGGAAUACACCUAGCAGGGACCUUACCAUCUCCCUGAUCAGCACCACAACUUACGAGGUGCUCGCAGAGCCGUUUGACGAAGCGGACGGAGGGGUGCGAAAGACUAUAUAGCUUAAGGACAGAAGGUCCGAACCUGGCAAGGUACACCACCCACCUGGUAGCACUGCUGACACGCUGGUAAGUAAGGAGGAGUCGGUCUGAGGCUGAUUUGAAGAGACCGAGGCGGCCUGCAAUCCAUUUGAGGACACGGGAUUUGUUCUGGCCUGGGUCUGGGAAGCUGAUGUGGGACUGUCCGCUAGGUCCGACAUCAUCGCCUCCAGGUCCGCUGCCGUCAUUGCUGCCUGCAUGAUAGACGACGAUAGCGUUCCAUCGGCCUCCAAAGUCAUCGCGGACGUCGCCUGGGACGAUGACGGUGCAGAGCUUGACGCCUCGUUCCUCGGCGUAGAACUCGUGGAGGGCGGCGUUACCCUCUCCUGGCACUCCAUCGUCAGCUGGUACGACUCCGCGUCCAUCAGGUCGAUCUCCCACGCGGACUGAGGAGCUACGGGAACCACUACGAGACCUCCCGAUGAUUGGGCUCGCGGGACCUUCCCGCGACGACUCCAAUUCUCCUUCAGGAACAGCGACGGGUCCUUGCGGUUCCUCGGAUGGUACUUCUCUUCGCUCAGCGACCCCGAGUACCACCGUAUCCCGGUCCAGUGGAUGUUCACCUGGGGCAACGUGCUCACCAACUGGAGCACUGCUUCUCUGGUUGUGAAACUCGUUACGUUGUUCAGGUUCAGCUGGAAACUCACGUAACCCGAACGCAUCCCCACUUGAAACAACUGCAGCGUCGGGAACACCUCCACCAGCCUGCUCCGUCGGCGGCACUGGUAGGAAUGUCUUCAAAUGCUGGAAGAUGUUGUUCCCAACUGUCGUCGUGAAGCAGAUGAUGUAGGUCCGCUGGUGUAGAAUGACCUCCUGGUUGGUCCCGCCCUUCUUGAAAAACACCGGAUCCACUCUCGCUAUGGGGUACGUCGUGAUCUCCUUUCUGAAACAGAUGAUGAAGAACCUUAAAAUUUAAGACUUUUUAGCAGAUGAACACAUAAACACAAGUCCUCCUCUCCCAAAAAAUCAAAAUUAAGACCCUCUUCACUUACCUGCAUGCUGGACAGCGACUGAAGACUGAUGUUAACACCACGACGUCUGGAUCAACAACGACAAAAUUCAAUACGUGCUCAUCCGUCCUCAGCUCGUGAACGUUAUCACGUGACGCUUCUUCCGGGGGGGGG